AUGCCUCCUAAAUCGCGUAAAGGCGUCCGAUUCGGUCACGAUGACUCGACAGAACCUCCACCACCACCAGCUGGGCCACGGCCACGUAUAUCUACGUCGAAGGCGCUCCAAAAUGACAUAGAGAAGGCAUCGAGGACCGCGAAGACAGCGGCGAGGCGUAAAAAUACGCCUUUAGCGCGCCAUAUUGCUGAAUCUGUGACUCUGUGGAGCCCUCCUCUAACCUCACCGAGUACUAUACCCGAUAAAACCAUUGAUAAUACUGUGGAUAAUGAAGAUGUGGUUGAAGUCGAGGAGGACGAGGAUGAAGACGCGGCCCUUGACAGAGUAAUGUGGUCUAUCCACGUUAAUUGGAGACAGUCGCUCGAUAUGAGUUCGAGAAAGAGAUUCAGGGACUUAUCGAUGAGUCUCUGGCUAUAG